AUGACAAGCGAAUUGAACGUGCUAUGGAAGCUGCCUGCGGAGCUAAGAGAACAAAUCUACACUCAUACCUUUGCCUGCCAUGAACAGCACGCAUACUGCAUCUGGAAAGACGGCAUAUUACUCACGCUCGUCGACAGCAGAAUCUACAAACCAUCAACUCACACCUCUCACAACCUUGGCCGCUCCACCAAAUGCGGCUCGUGUGCCCUGGGACUUCUGAGGACUUGUCGUUCAAUCCACGAGGAAGCAAUACCCGUCUUUCACCAUGCUGUAGAUGUGAAGCUGCAUAUAGAUGGCCGCUAUCGCUCACCAUGGGAAGGUCAGGAUCUUGGUGCCGUGGAAGAUCUCACGUUGUUACGCAAUGCGAGAGUUUGGGAUGUGACUGUGCGGUUGAGCAGAGCGGAAGAUUAUGAGCGGUUAAUCAUGCAGCUGAAGAUGCUGAGUACGCUUGUGGUGGCUACAAGGGUGGAAUGGCGUAGUAUCUCUGUUCAGAUCUCUAGACAUUCGGAGGCUCCGGAGAUUGGAUUCGGUGUACUGGAAGCUGUGCGUCUGYUGACGGGCGUUCUAGAAAUCGAAGAGAUCAAAGAUCCUUGGAGAGAGGGCACGACCGUCUUUGAUUAUCAGUCCUCCGAGAGACGUUGA